AUGAAGCGGGCUUCCCAUUCCAGCCCCUUCGCCAUCGAUGCCGACGUCGCUGUACCACCAUCUCCCGCUAAGCGCAGGAACUCAGCAUCCGACGAGUCAGACUUCUCGUCGCCUUCACCCACCACGCCCUUGAAGCCUCUCCGCUCCAGCCUCUCCAAGAAGGCUCCGCCACCUGGCAGUAUGGCUGCCAUCAACUCGAUUCGCACCGGCGCCGCCAACUACCAGGGAAUGUACCUCAGCUUCGUCAUCAAUGCACUCUCGGAGAAGGAGAAGGGCAACACCGGCCCCUACUACGAGCUGCUUGUCCAGUUCGCGGAACCAUCCACAGGCAGGUCCGGCGCCUCAAUAUCAUCUUUGCGGUCUUUGCUCGCAGCCCUUUCGCAUGUCGUAUCUGACCUAGACCGAUCGCAUGCCAAGCUCGUCGAAAGCAUCUUUGCUCUACCCUGGACGUCUAUGGACGACAGCUUUGCCCAGAUGUGGAUCAAGUUCGUCUGCAGCUUGGUCAGCGCAAGGAGCGAGUGGCUCUCUGUCAUCCUCACAAAGGCCACCAAGGCGCUCUCCUACCGUCUCGAAUGGCUGCCAUAUCAGUUUGCAGAAGAGAAUGGCAAGCGUUCCGUCUCGACGCUCAAGCGCAGACAAGUGUACGAGCGAGUCCAUCUCCUCAUUCGCUCGCUUCUCAGCGUCGUCCCCACUCUGCCGGGUGUCCUCGGUCCGCUGCUGGUCCAGUUCUUGCCACACAAGAUGGUCCACCGCUCCGACCAGCUCGUCUACAUGCGCAACAUCCUCCACGUCAGCGAAUACUGUGCCGAGCUCUCUGAGGCCAUCCUCGGCGCUGUUGUCGACCGUGCCAUUCAGCUCGAUGUCGAGAUCCAAGUUGAGCUCGACGAGUUUGACGACGACGAGGCGGAAGAGCUCGGACUGGACUUCGAAGACCCUUUCGAGCAAGCGCUCGACGAAGCAGACGAUGCAGACUCCUCCGACGACGACGACGAGAGCGACCAGGGAGACUUUGCCGACAACCUCUCGGACCUCUCCGACGAGAACUACGAUCAGAACGUCGCAACCGAAGAGCAAAAGCGCACCCAAGAGGAUUUACAAAGGUCGAUGCGACGCAUCCGCGAGUCGGUGGCCAAGCUCGACGCUAUCAUGAUCGCGCUCUUCGAGCAUCUCCGCAAGCUCGACGCACAGUACGUCGCCGGGGCCAAUAGCCUGACCUACAACAGCCCCAUGGACGCCGAUACCAACAGGCGGAACUUGUUCCACACGCUACUCUCUAUCUUUGCCCGCAACAUUCUUCCGACUUUCCGAUCGCGGCAUGUCCAGUUCCUGCUCUUCUGGUUCAACUCGCUGGAUCCUGAGUUCUCGGACUACUUCCUUGGCGUCUUGCUCGAAAAGAGUCUCUACAGCAGAAAAGCCGAGUAUGGAGAGAAGGAGGAGCCAGCGGUGAUUCGUUCCGCUGCAGCAGGCUAUGUAGCGAGCUUCGUCAGCAGAGCUUCGUACGUCGAUGGGCCCACCACGCGGGUCGUCCUAUUCAACAUGUGCGCCUUCCUGGACGCACACAUCGACGAGAGCAGCCGCACAGACACUGAAGCGGGCUCGGCAGCGCCAGGGACUGGUGCGCACUCGGUCUUCUACUCGGUCGUGCAGGCAGCGUUCUACAUCUUCUGUUUCCGCUGGAGGGACCUCAAGAUUACCAACGAGGAGCAGGACGGAGGCGCGGAUGACCUCGACUACCAGGACGCCGACGAGAUCGGUGGCGGCAUGCACGACAGUGUCGGUAGCUUGGGUCAGUUCGGCGCCGAAGCGUGGUGUGAUGGCCUCACCUCGUUGCAACGAGCGGUCACAUCUCGACUGAACCCGCUCAAGUAUUGCUCGGCCAACGUGGUGAAGCAGUUCGCUCGCAUCGCGCAGCACACGGGUUUCCUCUACUGCUACUCGAUCAUCGAAGCCAACAACCGGUCGGUACGGGGCAAUCGAAGCAACCCGGUUUCGCGCUCCACCUCGCUCAACCGCAUCCAACUCGAGGCUUCGGGUUCGUCAACACCGAUGAGUCAGGACGGAAGCGACCGCGGCACCCCCCGCCCGGAAGCGCAGAGCAUGGAUCAGGAGCAGCAAAAGUCGAAACCGUCGGCCGUGACAACCGCCUCGGUGCUCGAAUCGUUCUUCCCCUUUGAUCCGUACAAGCUCGAGUCGUCGGCGUCGUUCAUCGAGCCUCUGUACCGCGAGUGGUCCGAGGUGGCUCCGGAUGAGGACGGCGAGGACUCGUCCAGCGAGGAGGACGACGACGAUGAUGACGACGACGAGGCGGACGAUGCGCGACGCAACGAGGCUGGCAAUGGCGUCGCUAUCCCUGGGUCCACUUCGCCUCGUCGCAAGGGUGGGGCUGACGACGAUGACGACGAGGAAGAGGAUGAAGAUGGAAACAGCUCGUCGUUCGUCUCGCAAGUCGAGGCGAUGAGUAUCAGUCCGUACCUUUCCUAG